CGUCCUCAUUCCGUUUAACUCCAGUCAGACUGCUCCCAUCAUGGACGUCCGCAUUGUGGUUUGUCUUGCUUUCUUAGCUGCUGCAGCGAAUUGCAAAGAACAACGAGGUCCACCAUGGAUAUCAUUCGAAAGUGGUUGCGAUAACCCGGAUUUUACUAAGAUCUCACAAUCGCUAAAUCGAGAUGCCAAAGAGGACUGGGUGAAGCAUAAGAAGCAAGGAGUGAACUGUGCAACGAUUUUCAAGUGUGAUGGAUCAAAAGCAGAUGGUAAAGUUUGCUUGAGCAGAGGUGAUAGUAGGCCUGAGCCUGUCACUACGGAGGCUCCGCAAGAGGAAGCGCAACUUGAUUGGAACCCCAGUUUCAAUAAUGGCAAUGGCCAAGGUGGAUUGAAUGGAAGACCAUGGCGGCGGUAAAUGAGAAGAGAAUCAAGGACGCCAAAGACCAGCAUCUUCGAUAGAAUCCAUAGCAGGGAAUACCCCUAUUCAUCCGUUUAUGCUGUAAGAAGUGUUAUAAUCAAAUGAUACAUAAACACCUGAAAGCAUUA